AUGUCGGGCAAACGAGACAUCGAGGAUACAGAUGGCGAGACGCCAGAGCCGCAGACGAAACGCGCAAAGACAAACAGCUCCAAGACGCGCCAGCAUCAGCACUCGGGCAUCGAUCCGACGUGGGGGCAGAAAUAUGUCUUUUCCAGCAGCGAGAAUGCGACGACGAUUCCAGAAGGAGAGGAGUCCGAGUUUGAAGAUGACUCUGAUGCCAUGGCAUAUCUGAUGUCUGUGAGAAAACAAGCUUCUGCUAUCCCGCAUCUCCUAGUCGCACCGCCCGUCCAAAUUGGCCCACAGCUUCCUCCCGGUUUUGAUCGAGAAGACGAGUCAGAGGAAGAGGGUGAACUGGAUCAGAACACCGAUACUAUCGACGCCUUUGCUGAACCUGAGCCGAGAGGAUUUUAUGAAGACGGUGCCUACAUAGGCAUCUCAGAAGGUUGGGGAGUUGACAUUGAUCAAGAUGACGAACCUGAUGAAGAGAACCAUGAAGCUAUUCAAAAGGCUGUUAAUGAGGCGUACUUCGCCUCUAUACUGAGUCAGUACUACCGCACUCGCGAGAUACUUCACGCAGAACCACCCGGCAAUGCUGCAAGCCGACUGUCACGCUCCCAAGCCACAGAGGCCAUAUCCCUGUCGCCUUCUACCACAAAGUUAUGGACUCGUCUCCUGCAAACCACCGACCCCCAUCCUAUUCAAGUCGCACUCAUGUCGAAAGACACCGUGUUGAGGAUUAUCCGCGUAAUGAUUGGCGGCAAGUUUCUCCAAAGUGGACACAGCAUCCCCCAAAGGACGAGUCACUGGCUCUGGGCAUUGCUGGCUAGGUUGCCUGACGUGGGCGAGCUUAAUCACACGGAAAUAGGCUGGAUUCGUGACCUAGGGCGACGAGCAGUGCUUCUAGGGAGAAGCCUGGCAGAAAUGGCCGCUCUACGGGAUGAACUUGCAGAUGAUGGAUUUGGAGUCAAUGAUAAUGUCGACGCCAGCAGUAGCGACGAAGAAGUGGUGGCUGAAGCUAUCGAAGAAGGAGACGAAGAUUACGAUGCUGCUCCCGCAGGCGAAGCCACGUCAAAUGGCCCUCCAGGUACCGAAGAUGGUAUUGUAGAGCCUGUCGAUAUACCGGAAGGCGAAAACAAGAUACCCAUGCAAAAGGAUGACGAGAGUGCCGACGACGGAGAGAUUGCGCAGGCCAAUGAGAGCAGCGAAGACGAGGACGUAGAAAUGGAUAUCGCCUCCGACUCCAGCGGCGAUGAGGGUGAGAUAAUCGAACAAGCAGACGACGUCGCAGCCCUAGAAGAAGCCAAACGCAAGCUUCUGGCCAGGCUCGCCGAGAGCGAACAUGAACGUCGCGAAGAAGAGAAACGAAGAGAUGCGAGGAUGAACAUGAGAGCGACGCUCACCAUGAUCCUCACAGUCGCGGGUGAGUUCUAUGGCCAGCGAGAUCUACUCGAAUUUCGAGAGCCAUUUGUGGGUAUGUAA